AUGGACGCGGAGGGGUUGCUGGCGUCGGCGGCGAUCAACCUGGGGCUGGCGCUGGUGGCGCUGUCGCUCUUCUCCCUGCUCAAGAAGCAGCCGGGGAACGCGCCCGUUUACCAUCCCCGCCGGAUGGCCACCGGCGAUCUUGGUGCUGGUGGUGGCUUGCUGCCGCUCGGCCACGGGCGACUAACGCCGUCGUUCCGGUGGAUCGGCGCGGCCUUCCGGCUCUCUGAAGAAGACGUGCUGCGGCGCCACGGCCUCGACGCGCUCGUCGUCGUCCGCCUCUUCAAGUUUGGGCUUUGGGUGCAUUUUUUAUGCCUUUGCUUUAUAUCCUUUUAUGUGGUAUAUUUGCUUCAUAAGGAAUACAGCGAAAUUACUUUGAGAAGAAUUGAGCACUUGAAGUAUCACUACAAAAGACAUGAUCAAUACACCAUUUUGGUUCGAGGAAUUCCAAAAUGUCCAGAUCAUGGAACUUACGGGUGCUAUGUUGAUCACUUCUUCUCAAAGCAUUAUCAGACAUACCAAUCAUACCAAAUUGCACAUGACAUAGGAAACAUUGAGGCAUUGCAGAAGUUGGCAUCCUCCAUUGAGAAACGGAUACAAAGGAAAAGAGAGACAAGAAAAUGUAAUAUUUUGGGACGGAUUUGGAGCAAGUUUACAUCAGAAGAAACACAUAUUCACAACCAUGAAGAAAAACUGAAAAAUGUGCAAGAGACUAUCCGCUUCCUACAGUGUGAAAAUAUGCUUAAACAAAAGGAGGUACCUGUAGCUUUUGUCUCGUUCAAAUCCCGGUUGGAGGCUGCCCAAGCUGCGGAGAUGCAACAGCUUGUCAAUCCACUGUCAUUGGUUACAACUUAUGCCCCUGAACCAACUGAUAUAAUAUGGAAAAAUUUGUCCAUUCCAUUUUGGCGCAUCUCUAUGUUCAAACUUGGAGUCUUCGUUGCUGCGUUCUUGUUAACGGUGUUCUUCACCAUCCCUGUAACAGCCGUGCAGGGGAUAGUGCAAUUUGAGAAGAUUAAAAGAUGGUUCCCACCAGCGAGAGCUGUGCAGCUUAUACCGGGUUUGAAUUCUGUUGUGACUGGGUAUCUUCCGAGCAUGAUCUUAAAUGGUUUUAUUUACUUGGUUCCUUUUGCGAUGCUUGGUAUGGCUUCAUUUGAAGGCUGCAUUGCCAACAGCCAAAAAGAAAUUAAGGCCUGCAAUAUGGUCUUCUACUUCUUGCUUGGAAAUGUUUUCUUCCUCAGUAUUCUUUCAGGUUCUCUACUCGAUCAGAUAGGAGAAUCCUUCGAGCACCCAAAGAACAUCCCUAACCGUCUUGCAAGUGCUGUUUCUGCACAGUCAGAUUUCUUCAUCACAUACAUUUUGACCAACGGCAUGUCAGGGUUUUCUUUGGAGGUUCUUCAGUUUGGUUUGUUAAUAUGGCAAUUUUUAAAGGCGCAUUCACUUGGACACAGUGAGGAACCAUAUCUUUAUGGCUUCCCUUACUUCCGAGUUGUGCCCACUGUUUCCCUUGCAAUAUUGAUUGGAGUGGUCUACGCUGUAGUUGCACCCCUUCUACUCCCGAUCCUUUUGAUAUACUUUCUGCUCGGUUAUGCAGUGUACAUCAACCAGAUGGAAGAUGUUUAUGAGAUCACAUACGACACAUGCGGACAAUAUUGGCCCAACAUUCACCGCUACAUAUUCCUAUCAGUAGCACUCAUGCAAAUCACGAUGAUAGGACUGUUUGGGCUCAAGUCAAAGCCAGGAGCUUCCUUCGCCACAAUUCCUUUGCUUGUGUUGAACAUUCUUUUCAACGAGUACUGCAAGGUCCGAUUUCUUCCAACUUUCAGCCAUCGACCAGUCCAGGUUGCCAAACAGAGUGAUGAGCUUGAUGAGGCUGAGGGUAUGACUGAAUGCAAUGUGGACAAUGCAAUUUGCGCUUAUAGGCCACCAUGGAUGCGUCCGACAAACCUGGAAUCUAGUUCUGUGCAGCCCUUGAAUGUUUGA